GUCAUGGCGAAGCCAAAUAGUAUUGCCAUUUUUAAAGCCGUCUAAGGUACAAUCUGAUAUCAAAUCAUAUCGUCCGAUAGUUUUGUCAUCGGUGAUCACAAAAGUUGUUGAACAUUUAAUUAAAAAUCGGCUUGAAUGGUAUAUAGAAAAUAACGAAUAUCUGUCCCAAACUCAGUUUGGAUUUCGAAAAGGUAAAAGUGUGGGGGACAAUUUAGGCAUAUUAGUUACGGAUAUUCGUAAUGCUUUCUCAGAUAAAAAGUCAGUAGUUGCUGCUUUUUUGGAUAUUAAUUCGGCUUAUGAUAACGUUCUAUUACAUAUUCUAAAAAGUAAAUUAGAUAAAUUAAAGGUUCCCUAUUUUUUAACUAAUUCCAUUGUAAAUCUUCUUUCGGAGAGGAAAAUUAUUUUAGAUGUUGGCGGCCCUUAUAAGCCUAGUAGGCUGGUAUGGAGAGGUUUGCCACAGGGGUCUGUUCUGAGUCCUUUAUUGUACAAUAUUUAUACAUAUGAUCUAGAAGGUUCAGUCGGAGAUUCAGCAAGUUUAUUACAGUAUGCCGAUGACUUGGUUAUUUAUGCCUCUGAUAUGUCUGUAAGUACUGCUGAACGAUAUGUUUCCUCCUCUUUAUCUUUGCUAAAAAUCUGGAUGGAUGCAAAUGGCCUUGAUCUGUCUCCCUCAAAAAGUACUGUUGUACUUUUCACCAAAUCCCGUACUCCUUGCUCACUUAAUAUAACAUAUGAUGGGGAUAUAUUACCCAUUAGGAAUCAAGUUAAGUUCUUAGGAGCUAUUCUUGAUUCUAAACUAACGGGUCAACCACACUGCGAAUUUGUGGUUAGUAAAUGUGAGCGAAACUUGAACAUGCUGAGAUGUCUCGGUGGGGUUUGGUGGGGUGCUCACCCGGCUACACUGAGGUUGGUGUAUAAUGCUGUCAUUAGAAGUGUACUGGAUUUUGGGACCUUUUUCUUAGACCCAGGUAAUGUGGCUGGCUUUAGAAAACUAGAUCUCAUACAGUCUAGGGCUUUGAGGAUUGUUUCUGGUGCCAUGAAAUCGAGUCCGGUUAAUGCUCUGCAAAUAGAAUGUUGUGACCCUCCUUUAAACUUAAGACGUCAAUAUCUGUCCGAUAGAUUCAUUUUUAGAAUUGUUCAGUUCCAUAAUCAUCCCCUCAUUUCGAAACUAGAGUUUCUUUCUAAAAAAGUACCCUCUUCACAUAAACCUUUACCUUGUCUGUUAAAAAGAUUCCUGAAAUUCAAACAAUUACAAGCCCCAACUCAUUCUUUUCAGGUGCUUCCUUUAUUUGGCGCUUCUUAUGAUUCUCUCUUACUUUCUCCAGUGAUUUGCUUUUCUCUUGGCAUUGAAAAAUCUGAUUUUAAUGCCAAUGAAAAUUUUAAUUGCAAUGUCAAUAGUAAAUGGCCUAACUGGCAUCAAAUUUAUACAGAUGCAUCUAAACACUCCAGUGGGUGUGUUGGUGUUGGAGUGUAUCACAAACAGUACAACAUAGUUCAGAAAAUUAAAUUACCUCCGGAAUCAUCGGUCUUUACCGGUGAAUGUUUUGGACUAUUAAAAGCUCUUGAAUAUGUGCUGUCUUUCAAACUAAAAAAAACCGUUAUAUUUACUGAUUCCUUAAGUGCAUUACAGAGCUUAGCAAAAUUUUCACUAAAACUUAACCCUUUUUUUCAUGUAAUAUUUGAAUGUAAGAGAAAGCUGUUGCACUGCCAAUCACACAACUAUUUAGUAUCAUUUUGUUGGGUACCUAGUCACUGUGGCAUAUCUGGAAAUGUGAAAGCUGACAGUUUGGCCAACAGUGCUACUGUGACCGGUGACGUAUACCCGUACAAGAAUUUUGGCCAUGAUCUUGCUGCUUUGCCCGGCAUAUGCCUCCACAAAUCGUGGAAUAUGUGUUGGGAAGAGAGCGGCCGGAUUAAGGGUCGUUUCUUGUAUGCUAUACAGUCUUCCGUUCCCAGGAAGCCAUGGUUUGCCAAAUUGUCGUUUGGUAAAACCGCCACUUCUACUAUAAUUCGUAUGCGUCUGGGACAUAACAGCCUUCCAGUUCAUUUGCACAAACUUGGUAUCGUAACUAGUACCGCCUUUUCCUUCGUUUUUUAUUAUUUAUAAACUGUAAAUAAAUAAAACGGCGAAUUAUAAAAAC